GGGAAGGCCGCAGGGAAACGGGCAGGAGGGGAGGUCGAUAGCUGCCGGUCUGUAGUGCGUGUGCGUGCGUGUCCUGCUAAGGGCGCCUUCUGCCACAGAGCCGCACGCCAGCUCGGGCAGCUAUGUGCAGCCUUGAAUAGAAGCUUACAAUGGAAAAUGGAAAAAAAAAUAGUGGACCGAACAUUUGACUUGCUUUUGGUUUUGUUUUUUCUUGAGGUUAGGGAUUGGAUCUGGGGCCAGAUGGUAUGUCACUGGGCUAGAUCUCCGGCCCCACUGUUCAGUAUGUUGAAUGUUCCUAAGGCUGUCAGACUUAAAGCCUUCUUGUGAUUCAACGUUGCGUUGGCGUUCGGCUUCAGGGCAGAAAGUCAGGGAGAGCUCGGCAGUCUGUGGUAGGGUCUCGGGCUGCCGGUGUGGAGCGUUCUGUAGUCUCUGGACUCUCAGGCAAACAAUAGGUGCAUUGCAAAGUGUGGGAGCCACAUAUGGUGGCCCGCAGGUGUACUCCCAGCCUGGGGAGGCUGCAGCAACAAAGGUCACAAGCUCAAGCCCACCCUGCGCAUCUUAGUGGUUCAGUGAGAUCUGCCUCAAAAAUAAAAUUCAAAAAGGUCUGGGGAGAUAGCUCAGUGGUAGAGUAUUCCUGGGUUCACUCCCUAGUACCAUAAAUACAUACAUACAUACAUAAAGUAUCCUGGGACAGAGUUUCAAGCUGCAAUUGAUGUAAUAUAUUAAGGUAGAGAAGAUUAAAGACCUAAUGGGUGCCUGGUUUGGUGGUAUAUGCCUGUGAUCCCUAACACCUGGGAGGCUGAGACAGGAGGGUCACUGCAAGUUUAAGGCCAGUCUGUGCUAUAUUGUGAGCUCAAUGCCAAUCUAAACUACAUAGUGAGACCUGGUCUCAAAAAAGCAAAAACAAACAAAAACACCCAAACUGUUGUCCUGAAGGUUACAGGAAGCAACGGCCUGAGGAAGGACAGGGAGAGCACAUUGGUCAGCUUAGGCAGCGGAAGAACUGGCGCUGCAGAUUUCUGCAGCCAGGAAGGCGCAGCCAGAGAGGCCAGUCUGGCUGUGUUUAUAUCCCUCCGCGUCACCACUGCGCCGGUGAUUGCAGACUCCACACCCAGAGGCUGAAGAGGCCCCCAGUGGGCAUCAGGGGUUAUCUCCACAGGCUGGUGGGCCGGAUUGCACAGGAGCAGCAGCAGCCCUCGGAGUCAGCGAGUAGGACCACUGCCUUGGGGGCCUGGGUCUCCUGCAGCGCCCCCAACUCUCCUGCUUGGGGUUCAGGCUUUUUAGACGUCCAGGCCUCUGCUGUGGCUCAUGGCAGAAAUUGGACGAAGACAUGCAUCAAAAAAUUGCGAAGGAAAUGAACCUCUCUGAAACUGCUUUUAUCCGAAAACUGCACCCAACAGACAACUUUGCACAAAGUUCCUGCUUCGGACUGAGGUGGUUCACACCGGCAAGCGAGGUCCCGCUCUGCGGCCACGCCACCCUGGCUUCUGCAGCUGUGCUAUUUUACAAAAUCAACAACAUGAACAGCACCCUCACCUUCACCACCCUGAGCGGGGAACUGAAGGCCAGCAGGGCCGAAGGUGGGGUCGUCCUGGACCUGCCUCUCUACCCUACGCAGCAGCAGGACUUCCAUGAAGUGGAGAAUUUGAUAAAGGCGGCCAUAGGCGACACGCUGGUCCAGGAUGUCCGCUAUUCUCCAGAUACCCAAAAUCUCCUUGUCCGGCUCAGUGAUUCCUACGACAGGUCGUUUCUGGAGACCCUAAAAGUGAACACGGGGACUCUGACACAAGUGGAGAACACGGGGAAGGUGAAAGGACUUAUUCUCACCCUCAAAGGAGAGCCUGCUGGGCACACCCAAACGUUUGACUUCUACUCCAGAUAUCUUGCCCCCUGGCUUGGUGUGGCGGAAGACCCUGUAACAGGAGUUGCGCACACUGUUCUCAGCGGCUACUGGUCCCAGCAGCUGGGGAAGAAAGACAUGCGUGCCUUUCAGUGCUCUGCGCGAGGAGGAGAGCUGGCCAUUUCCCUGCGCCCGGACGGACGCGUGGACAUCAAGGGCGGCGCGGCCGUGGUGGUGGAAGGCGAGCUGACGGCCUAGGGACGCCAAUGCCUGCAGCGGCCCGCCUCUCCCCACACGAACCUAGAGAAUGGGGGCCGCGCUGGCGGAGAGUCAGUCCUGUGUCCGCACUAGUGAACUAACGCAGCUCGGGCGCCACCCAGAGCGAACCCAGGGCCAGGCGGGGAUGGAGCCCCAGGCCUGCCUGAGAGCCCCGCCGCUGAGCCGCAGCCCGCCUUCCCGGAGUGCUUUUGGGUGCAAGUAACCUGGAGAGAGUAUCGCUGCCCCUUCUUGGAUUAUGACUUCCAGUCAGGGAAGGAACACUACCUCUAGGAAGAGUGAGGCUCGAACUUCGGUGUGAGGCCACAAUGUGGGCUGUGGCUGUGGCUGUGGCUCAGUGGCAGAGCUCUUGCCUUGUGUGCACAAGGCCCUGGGUUCGAUCCCCGGCAC